AUGAACGAACUGGAAAAGGUGGAAAACUACCACGCCACUCACCUUAACUCAGAUGCAACUCAGAUCAACUCACCGACACAUGAUGUAGAUAUCGAAAAGGGUCAUUUCAGCGGUAGCCAUGGAACCAGCGGUUCAACCACGCCUCAGGUUGCCCACUCGGCGACCGGACAGAACGAGAAGGAGAAUGAUUCCGACUCGGCAUCAUCAUCAUCCCAGACAGAAGACGACAUUGGUUUCGCGCCCAUCUCAACCCACCAAACGCAGCCCCCUCACCAACCCCGACCCAUGAGCCGACAAAGUCAUAACACCACCUUCAGCCACAUUUCUCGCUCGCGCUCCAACAACGGCUUUGGUGUAGACGACCUAGAAGACGAAGCCGAAAAAGAGGAGGAAGGAGCCGACGCGGAAGCAGCAGCAGCCCGCUCAGGCGCCGGCGAGACCAUCAAGGACGAAGAAGAGAAGCGCUUCGAGGUCGGCUGGGAAGGAGGCGACUCGGACCCUCUGAACCCGCGAAGCAUGCCGACCUGGCGGAAGUGGAUCAUCAUCGCGGUGUUGAGCACCGGCUCCUUCGCCGUGACGCACGCCUCGGCCAUCUACACGGCUACGUACACGCAGAUGAACGCCGAGUUCCACUGCUCUCGCAUAGUAGCGACACUGGGCCUCUCGUUCUUCGUGCUGGGGAUUGCGAUGGGACCGUUCUGGUCGCCGUUGGCUGAGUUCUACGGACGGAGACCCAUCUACAUUUGCUCGUUUGCCGGGUUUCUGAUCUGGCUGAUCCCUAGUGCGGUGGCCAAGAAUAUCCAGACUAUGAUCAUUGCGAGGUUCUUCCAGGGUCUGGCGGGCAGUGCGUUUCUCAGCGUGUCCGGUGGCACCGUGGGCGACCUGUUCAGUAGGGAGCAGUUCCAGUUGCCCAUGGCCAUCUUUGCGUUGUCGCCAUUUAUUGGACCGGCGACGGGGCCGUUGGUGGGAGGAUUGAUUAACACCUUCACGACCUGGAGGUGGACGUAUUAUUUCUUGAUCAUUUGGGCCGGAGUAUUGCUGGUGUGUGUGAUGGUGCUGGUGCCGGAAACAUAUCACCCCGUCCUCCUAAAGCGCAAGGCCGUCAACCUCCGGAAAACCACCGGCGACAACCGCUACCACGCCCCCAUCGAGCGCACCACCAAGUCCGUCGCCUCCACCCUUGGCAACUCCCUCCUGCGACCGUUUCAGCUGCUCCUGCGUGAGCCCAUGUGUCUCAUCCUGGAUGUCUACUCCGCGGUUCUCCUGGGCGUUUUGUAUCUCUUUUUCGGUGCCUUCCCCCUCGUCUUCCGCACCAACCACGGCUUCAAUCUCUGGCAGGUCGGACUUACCUUCAUGGGCCUCGGCGUGUCCAUGGUCCUGGCCGGCUGCAUCACUCCCGUCUGGACGCGCGUGAGAAAUGGCCUGGCCGAGAAGCUAUUCAAGAAGACGGGAAUCAUGAAGGGCGAGCCUGAGGACCAGCUGCCGCCCGUGAUUGUGGGUGCCCCGCUCAUUACGGGCGGUCUGUUUAUGUUCGGGUUUAGUACGUAUCCGUGGGUGCAUUGGAUCGUGCCAAUCAUUGGGUCGUCGAUCUUUGGUCUGGGCAUGUCCUUCGCCUUCACCGGCAUCUUCACGUUCUUGGUUGACGCAUACCCGCAAUACGCAGCGAGUGCCUUAGCCACGAAUGCUCUUGUGCGAUGUUCGUUUGCAGCUGCCUUCCCAUUGUUUGGGAUUCAAAUGUACGAGAAGCUGGGCUUCCAGUGGGCCACGGCCCUCCUCGCCUUCCUUACCCUGGCGAUGAUGCCUUUCCCGUACCUCUUCUUCGUGUUUGGCAAGAGAAUACGGGCCAGAAGCAAAUUUGCGACCCGCUCGUAA